UGUGCGGUGAGUUGUUUUCCCACACUGGCGCAAAUUCGGUCUCGCGUUUGUUUAUUUUUUGGUCUGCGAUGGAAAAGUGAUAAACAAUAGGCAGACGAAAUGACUCUGGCACACCGAGCGCUCUUCACAUGGUUCAUAGUUCUGGUCUUCUUCAUACUGCUGUGCCUGCGCCUGGAGCCGCGCACGAACUGGAAUUGGUUCGUCACCUUUACACCGCUCUGGAUCUUCGACGUUAUAAUCAUCAUCUACGUGAUCAUCAAGUUUAUAAGGAAGUGGCGCAACCUAAAUCGCCUCACGGACCUCCUAUUCCUCUACAAAUGGAACAUUGCCGGCGUGCUUCUCACUAUCGCCUCCCAGGUCAUGAUUUGUCUGCGACUGGAGUAUCCUCAUCAAAUCCCCAUCUAUGUGACCAUAGCUCCGCUGAUCCUUCUACUCAGCACCGCCAUAUUCUACGUGGGCAGCCACCUGGGAAAGCGCGAGGGCUGGUUGCAGUGAACGGCAGAUAAUAAGUCUAGUAUAGAAUUAGGAUUAGGUGUAUAUUGUAGGGUUAAGAGGCGUAAAU